AUGGACCCACAUGCCUUUCUAGAGUUAUGUGCAAAAUUAAGGGCAACCGGUCAUGUGAAGGAUACUAUACAUGUCACAGUUGAGGAACAAGUAGCUAGAUUCUUAUAUAUUAUAGGUCAUAAUGUUAAAAAUAGAACCAUUUCAUUCUUCUUCCACCGGUCUGGAGAGACAAUCAGUCGUAAUUUUCAUGCUGUUCUAAGAGCUGUAAUCUCACUUGAAGAAAAGUUUCUUCAGCAAUCUUCCAGAACAACCAUUUCCUCAGAGAUUCUUCGAAGCAAUAGAUUUUAUCCAUAUUUUAAGGACUGUGUUGGAGCCAUUGAUGGAACACAUGUAAGAGUUAAGGUUCCAAUGGCUGAUCAACCUAGAUUUCAUGGAAGAAAAGAAUGGCCAACUCAGAAUGUACUUGCUGCGUGUGGCUUUGAUAUGAGAUUCACAUAUGCUUUAGCAGUAUGGGAAGGCACUGCAUCUGACUCUAAAGUUCUUAAAAGCAAAUUUUAUCUUGGAGAUGCUGGAUUCAUGCUUAAACAUGCUCUAAUAACUCCAUAUCGAGGCAUAAGAUACCAUUUAAAGGAGUUUGCUGGACAUGAACCUGAAAAUGCAUAUAAAUUAUUUAACCUUCGUCAUUCUUCGUUACGAAAUGUGAUCGAAAGAUCUUUUGGAGUUUUGAAAAAAAGAUUUGCAAUUAUAGCAGGUGGUACAGAACCUUAUUAUGACGUAGAGGUUAUGGUUGACAUUGUCCUAGCAUGCAUUAUACUCCACAAAUUUUUAAUGGGUGUAGAUCCUGACCAUCACUUAAUUUCUCAAGUGGAUCGAGAAUUACAAAAUAAUAAUCCAGAAGCCACUAAUGAGGAAAGAGAAGAAGUAAAUGAAGAUUACAGGCGAGGUGUAGCGCUUAAGGAUAACACGGCGGCUCAAAUGUGGGCUGACUAUCAAAUUGAAAGAUGA